AUGGCUACGUCAAUUUCUAAUGAUUAUAAUGGAUCAUAUACCGAUGAAGAUUCUGGUAUUGCAGUAGAUAUUGACAAUUCAUCUUCAAAUGAUCUAAAUUCAUCUAUAUUAACAUUGUCAGAAGCAUCGCCGUCAUAUAUUUCUCAAUCCGGGAUGUCGUCUCCACUUCCUCCUUCAACGACAACAAUAACAGCAGCUGCGAGGAAACAAUCUGAUGCAAUACCAUUAGUUAAAUUUGCAUCAGAUGGCUAUGUCGAACGUAUACGUCCGGCAACUAUGAAAAAUAGUGAAAACGGAGACUAUAUUGUUGGCCAAACAAAUCGUGGUACAUAUAUUGCCCAUCGUACCCCGGUUGUUCCACAAUGGAUCACAAGACUUGUUGAAGAAAUUGAAUCACGUGAACAAUAA